UUAUGGCUAUGAGAUUAAAUAUUGCAAUAUUCACUAUCCUAUAUUAUUGACUAGAAACCUGAAAAAACAUAUGAUUUUUAAAUGUAUGUAUUAAUCAAAUAAUUACGACAAUAUAUUACCAUAUUUUAAUGUACACAAUGAAAUAAAUUUUGUGUCUUUUAGGUCUGCAAAGAUUACAUUAAAUGAAAACAAGGAUGAAGUGGAAAUGGGUACAGAUACUCUUGAUAGCUUCACUCUGGUCACAGGCACAGAGGAUUUUUCUACCUCAAAUUAUGUUCAAGGUGCUUCUUGCCUUUGGGAAGGUCAGAACAGAGUUCUUGCAAGUGAGUUAUCAGUGAAAUGUAAAAACUCACGAAUGGUAAGAUUUGCAAGUAAAGUUUUGGCUUUUGAAAACAUAGAGAACUGUGCACUACAGGAAACAUUCUCAGAAAGCAGAAUAACUGAAUCUCAACAAAAGCAUCAAAAAGUAGAAUGUGAGAACAGGUUUGCAAAGAUUACAGUAAUUGGAAACAAGGAUAAAGUGGAGAUGUGUACAGAUACUUUUGAUAACCUCACUCUGGACACAGAUUCUUGCCUUUGGGAAGAUCAGAACAGAGUUCUUGCAGCUCAGUUAACAGUAAAUUUUAAAAAGUCACAACAGAUAAAACUCACAAGGGAUGUUAUGAUUUUAGAAAACACAGGGACCUAUAGACUACAGGAAACAUUCUCAAAAAGCAGCAUAACUGAAUCUCAACAAAAGCAUCAAAAAGUACAAUGUGAGAGCAGGUUUGCAAAGAUUCCAGUAAUUGGAAACAAUAAGGAUGAAGUGGAGAUGGAUAAAGAUACUCAUGAUGACUUCACUCAAUCACAUGACACAGACACUCUUCUUAAAAGUUACUUACCAGUAAAAUAUAAAAAAUCACAAUGGAAACAACUCGGAAGAAGAGUUAGGAGAUUAGAACAUUCACUUAAGGGACUACAGGAAAAAUUAUCAGAAAGAAGAAAAACUAAAUCCCCACUAAGGCAUCAAAAAGUGAAAUGUGAUAGAGAACUCUAUGGAGACAGCAUUAAAAAACAAGAUCAUGUGGAAAAAGAGAGAAAAAAGAAAGAGGAAGAAGAGUCAGCUGAUGAAUAUUUGCAUAUAAUGGAACAAAUAUAUAAAAAUGAACAGGCAAGAGAAGAGGGUACCAUAAGAAAGUUUCAACAAGUACUCAGAGAUUCCAAAAAUGAACCAUCUAUGAAUUCACAACUGCUUACAUCACAUCAUCAGAGAGUUUUGGAAUGGAAAAAACAAUUACAGGAGGAAUUAGAUAAAAAAAAAAGAAAACUGCAGGAAUUCCAAGAAAAGAACAAACACUUACAGCAGUGUAUUAAUGAAUUAGAAGAUUAUAUACAAAAGCAUAAAAUGAAAUGUGUUACAUUGGAAGAUUCAGUAAAAAAGCAAAUGGAUGAAAAAGAAAAAAAAAGGAAAAUAAUUUCGAUUGUACUUUAGUAAGUCAGCUCUGGGAUUUAGUUUUCCUCGUUUUAAAAACACUUCGUUAAGUGGUAGAAUGUGACACAGAGAGAAGAAAAAGAUAAUUUUAAUGACGAAAUGGAGUAUCAACUUCAAGGACUGAAAACUGAACUCUGCAAAAUGAAAAUCCUAAAUGAAAAAUAUGUGGGAGCCCUAGAGAUACAAGAUAUGGAGUCAAGAUGGAGGAGAGGAGACAUGUCUUUAUCUGAGCUCCUGCGGGAGCCCCUCAGAACAACAACAGAUCAAACUGCUGCAGUGGCUUGGCAGGAAAUAAUCGAUGAGGAUUUUGGAUGAUAACAAAUGAAAACAAAAGAAAUUUGACAAUACUUCUGAAAAGGUCCAGAGAGAGAUUCAACAGUAGAAUUGCCAGUUCCUCAUUUUCAAUGAGCUAGCCACCUACUUAAUUUUAAAACUUCCCAUUGAUGGGGUUAAAAUAGUUUUUUUGUUUUAAAGUUGUUUAAUAAGGAGUAAUUAAAUCAUCAUUUAUUAAUGUAUUAAUAAAUUCAUCAGCAGAGAAAUCUCUUAAAUUGGAUUGAAUAGGAACUUUCAGUGGCUCACAGUGUCUCAAGGAACUCAGGAUUAAGAUCAAUCCCUUGAUGGGUAGAGUUUAGGGAAGAGAUUCCCCACUUCAUUGUUCUGCCCUAACACCUUCAAAGAACAAUAGCUUGGAGUAGAGCCACCAGCCUUAGGGAGAGAGAUUUCCUACCACAAUAGUAGGCAGUCCAGGCAUGUGAUCAUUCUGGGAGCAAUCAUACCUUAUUCUGAUUGAAGAAGACUCAUUUUAGUUUUACAUAGAUGAGGAAAGGAAAAGACUAUUAUUUACUAUGGUGGUCAGUUAAUUGAAAAUCUGAGCUAAAUUUUCAGGAAGUUUAAAAUUUGCUUAAUGUUUCCUUAUUUAAAAAAUCUUUCUGUCCUUGUUGACCAGUUUUGGAAACUAGAUAUUAAGCACAGACAUUAAGAAUAGGAAGUCCUGGAGAUUUUGUCAAAAUAAAUCCCUAAAUACUGAAGCUAAGCUGUAGGAAAGAUAUUUAUGUAGGCAGGUCUCAGGAAACUAGGAAGAUGCCUCCUUUACUUUGAUAUUCAAAAGAGGUAAUAUCCAGUACCCUCCUUUGGGGAACUUCUUAGAAAGUAUAACUUAUUAUAAAUAUUAUAAAGUAUAAUAAGUUAAAGUCUGUACUUUAAGCAUAAAUGAAGAGUAAAAGAUUUUGGAAUUUCAAAAAGUAAAUUUCUAAGAGCAUCUUAAUGCCAAUGAAAUAGAAAAGAUUUAGGAAUCUCCUAUCUCCCUGAGAACACACAAGUGUGAAGUAUUUAACACAGUGCUUACCUUGUAUAAAGAAUGAGCACUUUACUAUUGAAACUUUAUGGGAAUCCACU